AACAACAAAUAUAAAUAUAAUUUUUCCCAAAAACAAAAACUAAUAUUUUUCAACCAACGUGUUGGCGUCGGCUCAGCACUCAUAUGCAUGUAUUUGCGGCAAACGAAAAACCUACAUGCAACCGAUAUUUCAAGCUAGAAACAUCCACACACACACACACAUACUAAAUAUAUUAGUGAUUAACUUAUUCGACCAACAACAACUGCAAAAACAAAGAAAACUAUUGAGACAGCGCCGGGCGCAGCCGAAAAUCCAACGGCCUCUUGCAGUCUGCCUACUUAAACACACACACACAUAUACUAUAUACGGCUGUAAAGACACCCAGCGCUACAAACCUGCAGAGGUUGGCGGGCACAACUCACUUUCAUACUAUACUACGGGCACAUAUGGAACACCGGCGGCAUAAAGCGAACUAAGGCGAAGACGACGACGACUGCGACGUCGUUGACAAUAACAAAAGCAGCAACAACAUAAAGCCAAUACGUAUAGCUAGCCAAGUAGCUAAACUGAUCGAUCGAUCGACGCAACGACCGAUAGGCAGUCAGUCAACCACGCAGCAGGUACCCUCAAACACACACACGCACAUAUAUAUAAUAUAUACUAUUCUACACUCGUCUGCAUGUGUGUGCGUGCGGUGGUAACAUAAGAUUUGUCGGCUCUACCUACUUAGCUACUACCUACUGCAACUAUCGUAGCGCCCAAAAACCAACUGAUCGCUGCACAAAAGUAAAUAUCGGCGGCUGCCGCUACAGAGACAAUAACAACAGACGGCAAGUGUAAGAAAUAGCAACAAUUUCUGAGACUCAUGCACGCACAGUUCAUCCAAUUUGAGUGGUGAGGCGAUCGCUUGCCAAUACUUGCACUUUGUUGCCGAGAGAGUUCGUUGGAACAUGAUCCUGACGACAGAAGAGUGAACUACUCAAGCGCUUUUAUUGCAAGCCGAGAGUGAAGCUAUAAAUUUUAGUGAAAUAUUGUUAACUGGUGCGAAAAAGUGCGAAUUUGCUUUUCAUAACAGUGAAAUUAUUGUGUAUACGUAAAUAAAAGCUUUAAAUAAGUUGUCUCCUCACUUCCAAAACUCAAAAUCUCAAUGCAAAACUAAAAAGUGAUCCAUAAGAAAGAUCGUUGAAAUUCGUAAAAAGAACGAUCUCAUACAGUGGUUUGUGAUUCUUUUAGCCCAGCUAAAGUUAAGAAGAUUUUUGUAAAAUAAAAUUGAAAAUAAGUAAAUUUUAAAAAGUGCUCAGUGAAAAUUAAAGCUUUAUAAAAUCAUUUAAAAAAUUAGGAAAGAAGCCUUACAACUAUAUUUGAAGUAUUGUGAAAUUCUGAAAAAAUUCUGGUGCGCAUUAAGAGGUUAUAAACCUUAAUAUUAUGUAAGAAAAAUAAGUGUUUUUAACUCAAAAGAUAAAAAUUAUUUUGUAUUACAUAUGUAGUUCUUCAAUAAAUUGUGAGAUCACGCAAGUUCAGUUAAAAAUUACAGAGGAAAAAAUUGAUUUUUCUUAAAUAAAACCAUAAAAUUUAAGCAAAGUAAUUUUCUACAUGUUUCAAAAACUAAAGUAUUUAAAAAAAUUUUACAAUAUAAAAUAAAAUCUUUCUGAAGUCAAAAAGUGCCUAAUAAUUGAUGAAACGGAUCAAGUUCCAUUUAUAGAACUAGCUGAAUAUCUUGUUGGUGCAAUUAUUAAGUGGAAAAUUCGAUAUAAAAUAUCAUUUUACAAUCUCAAAUAUACAUAUUAGAAAAGUGAUUUUGUAAAUUUUGAGCACGAAAAAUUGUCAAUGUGAAAUAAUUUUCUUUAAAUAAAAAGUAUUAAUCACAAAAAUAUACAUCAAUCAACAAGCUGUUGGAUUCUUCAAAACAUCUCAAUUCGUCUAGCUUCGUUCUGUUCUCAUAUUUCCAUCGCAGUAAAACGAGGCGAUUUUAGCCAGCUAGAUAUGCCUGCACAAUAUGGAACUUGCGAUUUGUAAAACAGAGUUGCCAACUACCAGAUUUAUGCUACCAACUGCACCGGCCUCCUUCUAUCAGAAGAAUAACGCUCACUUCAGUGAGAUACUCAAUUUUAACACCAAUUAUCUAUUCAAUAAGAAUAAUAUAAACAACAACAAUAGUAAUAGUAAUAAUAGUCAAAAUAACAACAGCAACAAUCAUAAUAAUAGUGCCAGUGUGAGUGCAAGUGCAAUUAUAAAUAAUAAUAGUCAAAAUAUUAGUGCUAACAAUAACAACAACCAUAAUACUAAUUCAAUUUUGUGCAACAACGGUAAUAAUAAUAACAACGCAAGCGGCAGCAUGCGUCUGAAAAAGAAUCGGCGAGUGACGUUCCUAAAGAAUCUGAUCGAGACAAAUAUCCGCAUCAAAGAAGAGCCUGAUGAUGGCACCAAAGACAUACAACCGCCAAUGUGCAGUUUAUCGGAUAUGUCCGAUCAUGAAGCGUCAAUCGAUCGCCAUACGCUAAAGUGUUGGACAGUUUCGACGUUAGAUGCAUUAACCCACUUCUCAUCACCACUGGGUUUAACGACUGCUGAUAAUACGGUUCUCAACCUCGUUGACAGACAUAUCUUUUGUGACCUUAACACUACUUCGUAUUUGCAGAACGUGCAGGUCUUUUGA